CGCCAACUCAACGGGUUCAAUUGAAUUUCUGGUCACUCUUUAUCUCUCGGUUAUCUCUGUACUGUACUACACCAAUAUACCUUUGAACCGCGGCAGAGUCCAUCCGACGCGCUCGUGACGCUGUCUUACCGCUCUUUCUUACCGACCGAUGAGUCAUCCCUGCGCGUACGGGCAACUCGAUCGACUGUCGGAGGGAGGGAUCUGGGAAAAACUUCAGUACAUACCGUAACAUGGCGCGUUCCAAUUGACCCGCGUUCGUUCAGCUGGUCAGCUGUGCUACGCAAGAGCUCGCGAGUCGUCAAACAAUUCGUAGUGUACUUUAUUUUGAUUCUCGGUUCAGAAUCUUCUCCGUCGCUGAUGUUGCGUUCCGCGUUAUUCCGAUUGUUCCUUUUCUACAAGAAGAGACAGCGCAUCGUCGAGGUGUAAUUCUGGUAAUACGCUGAUACUUUCCCAGAAAACUUUACUUUAUUCCAACCGGCAAAACGCACAGUUAGAAAAAUAUACGAUAACCAAAUUAAUGCAUAACCAGAAAAAUGGUCACUAAGAGUGUGGCGGAAUGGACAACCCAAGAUGUUGCAAUCUGGUUGGAAGAAAAUGGUCAUUGCCGAUUUAAGGACGCUUUUGAAAAUGUACAUUCAAUAGAUGGCAGAGCACUCUUGACCCUAACGGAAGAGGAUCUGAAGCCUGAAGUGAUGAGUAUCAGAUGCAUUGGAGAUAUCAAAAGACUGCACAUCAGUAUUAAACAGUUGCAAAGAGACAACAUCACUACUUUGUACGAGUUGGGACAGAUCGACUUGUUCCCAUCGACCACUUACUAUACUCAUCAACGCCAAGAUGUACCCAGCAAUGGAGUGGUUAACAAUGACGCCUCCAUGGAACACGAGUCGUACUCAGCAUCCGUGUCUGAAGAUGGCCAAGCAUCUCAUCUACCACCAGAAAUUUGGAAAACUUUCAUAAGCUUAGGGUACCUCUUCAUUGUCACAUGGAUCACUGCCUUCGUUAUGGUCAUUGUUCACGAUCGAGUACCUGACAUGAAAAAAUACCCACCAUUACCAGACAUAUUUUUAGAUAAUGUUCCACACAUACCGUGGGCUUUCGAUAUGUGCGAAGUAACAGGAACGUUACUGUUUGCGAUUUGGCUGGUGGUGCUUAUCUUUCACAGAUAUAGGUUUAUAUUACUACGAAGAUUCUUUGCCCUGUCCGGGACAGUCUUCCUUUUGAGAUGCGUAACCAUGCUCAUAACUUCUCUGUCUGUACCUGGUGCUCAUCUGCAGUGUCAGCCAAGGAAGGGGUCUGAUGAAGAAUGGUCGGGGUAUGCGACUGCGUAUGGUGAACUCUACAACAAGAUAUCUAUGGCGUAUGUAAUCUGGAGAGGCGCCGGUAUGUCCAUUCAAGGAGUUCGAACUUGCGGUGAUUACAUGUUCAGCGGGCAUACAGUGGCAUUAACUAUGUUGAACUUCUUCAUAACUGAAUAUACAUCAAGGCAGUUGUACUUCCUGCACACGUUCACGUGGAUGCUUAAUAUGUUUGGAAUAUUUUUUAUUCUGGCAGCGCAUGAGCACUACUCUAUCGACGUGUUUGUUGCAUUUUACAUAACUUCUCGACUCUUUUUGUAUUAUCAUACACUGGCUAACAAUCAAGCCUUAAUGCAACGGGAUUCCAAUCGAACAAGAAUUUGGUUUCCACUGUUCAGCUUCUUCGAGUCGUCGGUUGACGGGAUUGUUCCAAACGAGUAUGAAUCCCCUUCAGAGAUCAUUUGCAAUUUGAUAUGUGCCGGAAAGGAUGCGUUCAAUUUCGUUCAUUCUCACAUCUCGUUUCACAAAGCCCAGCUUUGCAACAACGUUGAGGAAGUUCCGUCGAAUGGCAGAGGCGGCGAUAGUGGUAAAAAAAAGAAACUUUAACGUUACGUCAAUUUUUACAAGGUGUAUUAUAAUAUUACGAAUUUAAAAAAAUCGUUAUUCCUUUAGUGAACUUCGCUUUGUACGUAUGCAUGAAUCCAUAUGUGAGUGAAUUGUAUGCAUAUUGCCGUUGUUUCUGUAAUCUCAAUGAGACGCAUUCGAUCGAUUCGGAGAUGUCUCUGUUUAUCUAUUACUUAUUGUGUAAACGGUCAAGUUUCGCACGUAUCAGUUUCAACGGCAAUAUAUACGGAACUGAUGAUCACAUUCCCGUUAAAUGCUAAUCUUUUUACUACGUAGUUAGUAUACAUUGUAUAUUCUAGUCCAAAAUGAAAAUCAUGGUGCCGUAAAUAUCACGUCGACCUAAAUUGAUGAUAAGAUAUUUUUAGAAAUACUCUAAUCAGCUUGGCUACAAACUAUUUUUAUACGUGCAAACUAGAAAAACAUGGAGAAAAAUGGAAAAUAAGAUUUGAUAGACAGAGGAAAAGGAAAUAUGCGCCCACGAUGCUUAUCCGAUAUAUUUUAAAGCAAACACUUCGUGCUUUAACAAACACAAUUUUAUAAUCACAUUUGUAGCACCCUAAAUAUAAUAUGAUAACAUUAUUAUACUAUUCGCUCACUAUGUCAUUAUUGAAAUGAGAAAUCUAGCCUAAAUUAUUUGUUUAUUAUGUUGAGACGUAAAGUAAGUCGCACAAUUACAAUUUACCUUUGCCAAAUAAUGAUACAUAUAUUGCUAUUGAGCCAAUAGAGCACAAAGAUCAUUAGUUAUACAUAUUUAGUUGUGUAUAUAUACGUAUAGGUUUUCCAUUUGCGAAAUAUAUUAUUUAUAGACUGAUUCAUUAGCCAUUACAUCUUGAACAAAUUUGCUGUAACAUUCUGACUAUAAGUUGAAGUUUGAGAAACUGGAUAGAAUUAGAAUAAUUGCUAUUCGACCGCAGACACGGUCACUAAUUCUCGAGUGAAUUGAGAAACUAUUUUCAAUAAGUAAUUAAAAUUCAUAAGGUUAAAGAUUUUAUACCGGACUUCUAGUUUAUAGCGUCAAUAAAACAAGUGUUUUUCAAA